UUUUCUUUUAUUUCAGUACUACUUCAAUGGCCCAUUUGUCACACAAGCUCAUCAAGAUAUAAUCGCAUCUGCUAAUGCUCUUACUGGAAGAGCCAGGAAAAACCCGACUUUUGAGCUGAAAGCCCUAAUUACUAAUCUUGUGCUCAGAUUUGAUGUCCUGGUUGCUAUGUCAUAUAUCUUCAACGCCCUUUCUCUCUUUCCCGCCCAAUCGCUAAGCAACGGCAAUGGAGGUCGAGAGUUCAAGGUUGGUAAUGUGGCAAAUUUGGAGGUGCUUUGGUUCAGUAAAUGUCGAUUGAGAUGGAGUUUUCGGAAAGCAUGUGAGUUUCGGGUGAUGUCGGCCGAAAAUUCUAUUGAUUCGACCGGCCGCGAGCAAGUGGAAGGUGGAGUUCGAGUUGAUUUCUCUACAAAGGCGUUAGAAUCUGAUAAAAUGACGGGCUCUUUGCACGGGAGGAUUAAUGAUCCACCUUCCUUUGUUGUUCUGGUGAAAAGAAAUGCUGGAUCGAAAUAUGCUGUGGGUUUUUAUAUUGCAUUAACAAUUGUGCUGAUAGUUGCGAAGCAAAUUUUGUCUAAAAGGAAGAUUCAGACCCGACAUGGUUCUGUAGCUGAACUUGUUAAGCGGGGGCAGUUGAGAUCUAAUAGAAGAGGCAUCUCAAAACUUGAUCUGAAGUAUGAAGAUCCUUUUAAUAACCCACAAGUGAAGAUUGAAAAAAACAAUUCAAAGAUUGAAAUGUGUGGAAAAGUUUAUCGGCUCGCUCCAGUAACCCUUACACAAGAGCAGCAGUUAACUCAUCUGCAGAGAAGAUCAAGAGCUUAUCAAUGGAAGAGACCAACAAUUUUUCUCAAAGAAGGUGAUCUGGUGCCCCCAGAUGUUGACCCUGAUACAAUCAGAUGGAUACCAGCCAAUCACCCUUUUGCAACAACUACUACCGAGUUAGAUGAAAAUCUGGCUCAAAACAAUGUAUUCCAGAAAGAUGGUGUUCCAUUUCGUGUCAGAGCUGAACAUGAAGCAUUGCAAAAGAAGCUAGAGACUCUACAAAGUGUACAAAAUGAAAUAGGAAUCAACCAAAAUAACAUUCAUGAAUGGGAAAGGUCAGCUGAGCGAUCAUCUAAACUAAAUGAACAAGUAGAACCAAGCGCUUCUCUCGAAAAACAGAAUGACGAAUUUAGUUCUACUGGUAACAGAAACUUACCUGAUAAACUUGACAAACUUUAGCUGGCUUGCAGUUCUUUUAUUGUGUUUAUUGAGUUAAGAUCUAUCUUAAGUAGAGGCUUUGUGCAGCUUCUCUUGUUAUAUAUCUUAGAAUUUAAAUUUUGCUAUUUGAUUGAUCAUGGGCAGUUUAAUGCAAACAAUUUAUAAGUAGAAAACCUGAAAACAAACACCUUCAAAUGAA